AUGAACAAUUCAGAAUUCCGGAACUUGCUACAAAAAGAUGCAAAGUCAGCAAACGGCAGUGCCAUCAAUGGCGCAUCGUUGCAAAAGCCGUCGCUGGGCUCUCGUGCCCGAGCCGCGAUUCCGAUGACUCCACGCUCUGUCAUGGGUCGGAAUGCAUCUACAGAUUUUGCUCGACAGGUCGCAGAGCAUACCAGAAGUGACAGUGGCGAACCACCGGCGAAGAAGUUCAAGUCCAGGUCUGCACCGAGAGGCACCAGACUAGCCCAGGGUUACUCCGAUCGAACGACUGCGAGGAGAGAUGACGAGGAGGAAGAGAGCGACAAAGUGAAGAAGCUCAAAGAGCUGGAGCAGAUGGUGAAGGAAGAAAAGAUUGACCGAGCUACAUUUGAGAAGCUACGCGAUUCAAUGGGCAUUGGAGGUGAUUUGGGUACUACUCAUUUGGUGAAAGGUCUGGACUUCAAGCUACUUGAGAAGACACGACGAGGGGAUGAUUUGAACGAAACACCAAAACAAGCAGUGGAUGAAGCGUCAUCCGUGCCAGCGGAAGAAGCCCUUGACGAAGAGCUGGAUCAUGUUUUGGACCACGACAUUGUGGCGAGGACACGAGAUUCGGCUGAUGCAGCAGAGGAUGGCCUGGAGACUACAGAAGCGCAGCCCAUGACUCGGGAUGAGAUCCUGCGCAAGCUGAAGGAAGCUCGCAACGCAGAUGUGGCACCCGCCCCAUUGCCAGCACUUGGAGAUCGAUUCAAGAAAGUGGCCCGUAUCGAAAAAGCGGGAAAGAAGAAGUUUGUCGAAAGCAUCAAUGGACGUCGCCGCGAGGUUCUCGUCAUCACCAAGGAGGACGGUUCUACAAAGCGAAAAACUAGGUGGCUCGAUCCUGAACCCGUUGAAGAGAAACCACAAGUCCCACUAGGGAUGGAAGUGCCUGCUGAAUUUGCAGCCAAGCAAAAGGCACUUGCUGAGCAAGAGGCAGCCGAAGACGAAGACGACGACAUCUUCCAAGGCGUUGGAGCCGACUACGAUCCUCUGAAGGACAUCGACAGUGACGCGGACGAUAAUGGCACGACGACCAAGCCUGAUCCAAGUGAUGUCGGCGAGACCAAGGGCCGACCACGAAAUUAUUUCAACACCAGCGGGUCCGAGGACCAGGAUCGGAAGCAGAACCCAAUCAUGCAAGAUCCUACCCUUCUGGCCGCCCUAAAACGAGCUGCUGCGAUUCGACAGGAUGAGAAUUCGACAGCCACCGAUGCAACAUCACACCCAGAUCAAAGUGAGAAGAGUAAACGGUUCCUCCAGAAACUCAAGGAGCGCGAGCGACAGGAUGCCAGGGACUUGGAUCUUGGCUUUGGCGACUCUCGUUUUGGAGAUGACGAUGAUGAAGAUGGCCCAAUCUACGAAGAUGGAGACGAGCAUGAAGGCAAAAAGCGAAAGCGAGGCCCGAAGAAACGCAAGGGCGACAAAGACAACGUGGCGGACGUGAUGAGUGUACUGUCACAUCGUAAGCCAUAG